AUGUCCGGUCAAAACUUUUGGGAAAACGAGGACAUUCCGGCAGUAUGCGAAAAUUGCCUAGGAUCAAACCCAUAUCUGGAAAUGCAGCGAGAGAGAGAAGGUGCCGAGUGCAAGCUGUGCACCAGGCCUUUUACAGUGUUUAGAUGGAAUACUUCAAGAAGAGAUCAAAAAUACAAAAAAACGAUUAUAUGUUGGACAUGUUCAAGAGCUAAGAACUGCUGUCAGUCGUGUAUGCUGGAUUUAACUUAUGGAAUAGACCUGGAGACCAGAAACGCUGUGCUGAAACUGGCAGGCGUUAAGAGUAUUGGCCCUGGGGAACCUGUCAAUACGAUUUCGAAACAGUAUGUUGCGGAGGCUAAUGAGAGAAAGUUCAAAGAUCAGGCUCUAUUAGCACACGAGAAACACGACGAACAAUUAUUACUCGAAGAAGGCGAGAAGAGGACGAAAGCAAUCGAGAUGCUUUCUAGACUGGCACAGAAAUCAGCACACCGCGCACAGAACACAGACUCUGACAAAAAAGAGUCGAAGACCAAGCAAAAAAUGCAACAGAAGUACACUGCCGUGGAACUCAUGAAAGCAGCUGGAAAACUACCAUUCAACGGAACGUUGUUGACCCCACCCAAGGACGAAACUGUCAAAUCCUUUUUUCUGUAUGGCGUUACGGAUGACGUUGCUGAGUAUAUGGUGGCCAGUGUUUUUGAACGCAAGCUCAACGGGGAUGUUGAAGGCGUAGUAUUAAAUCAUAAAGCUGGAUGUGGCUUUGUUAGCUUCAAGAGCCGAGCCAAUGCGCAGGCCGUUGCUCAAACCAUUCUGGACCUGCAAACACAGCGAAACGCUGAGUUUUUGCCCACCACAUACAAAAAUCCAUGUCUUCUAUUAGUUGAGUCAACCCCCCUGAGGGUAGCGUGGGGCAAAGUACGCAGUAUAGGCACUACCAACUCUGAUCUUUACAAGAUCAACGCAGUGGCCUUGAAGCAGAUGAAGGUAUAUGCGGAGAAAGACAAUGGCAACCUGAAAGAAACCAGCUCCAAGAGAAAACGAGCAGACGACGAGGAGAACGACACGCAGAAGAAGAUCGCACCACCAGGAAGCGGCAAUGUUCAUUACAAGUCCAUGAAGGUCACACACGAUUUCUGA